CUUUACUCGACUCCUUCGUCCUUCUUUCUUUUUUCUUCUUUCAUUGCCUUUCUCCUCUUUUUCUCUCUCGCUAAUUUCGACGUUUGCUUACCUCUUUCCUACCCCUCUCUCUUUCUCUUUCCCUUCGGCUUUUCCACCUCCUACCGACAUCAUCCCCUACUUUUAUCAUUUCUCCCUACCACAGCAGAAUCGCAGUCGGCACGUCGGCAGGAUGGUCGCAGUUUGAACACGCCAGCUUGCGGAUCACAAAGGAUCUGUCCGUCCGCUGCUUUCACCCUCGCAGACGAUUCCUCUUCUCGUUCCUUUGAGCGCCCUCCGGCCUCUCUCUCUCUCUCUCUCUCUCUCUCUACCUUCCUCUAAUUUCCCUUCUCCUGUUUUCCUUCUUUCACUCUUCCUCUUUCCCCGUACUUGUCUCUUCUCAAGUUAUUCGCUAGCGCGCUAGUUUAUUCCGUGUGACGUUUGUUCCGUGCGGUCGAACAUCGCUCGAUUUACUCACCAAGUGGAUACGGCGCGUCACUGAUCAGACGAACGGACAAUAUCGUCGGGCUCCCCGUGUCGUUACACACGGCACGUCGUAGCGAGAUGGCUCUUGGACAGAUCAAGGAGUCGCGACCACGCACUGGUUGAUAGGAGUUUAAAAGAGCAUAAUCAAUACUACCGAAGGCAGAACACGACGGCUCCGUGACCACGUGAAGCGGCUGGGCCUCCUGUGACAGGGGGUUCGAGGACCGCGUGCGCACCCUCUUAGAGCGUUCUUAGACGAUGAUAGACCCAAGUUCGUCCGAGGAGGAGAGCGAGGAGGAUCAGAACACUCACCAUGGUGGUGGCGGUGGCGGUGGCCGUGCAGGCAGUGGUAGCUCUCACGGCUCUCGUCGACAUCCUAGCAGCAUCGGCAGCGGUCCAGGUUCCGGUAGCGUCGGCUCGCUCGCUUCGGGCCUCACAGCUUCCCCUGGCGGACCGAACCAUGUGGGUCCUUCGAGCACUGCAGGCGUCCAUGGAUCCGGAAGUCGAGCGAUCGUGGGGCCGCAAGACACCGCCGGGCCUGGCUUGGACGUGCCUAAUCUCUCCAGCGCCAGGAAUUCCCUGUCGCCAUCGAUGAGCGCGACUCAAGAUGCAAUUAAUUAUGCUCAGAGGCCCACUAGUCCAUCUCCCUCUGUCGCCAGCGAGAAAACGGAAGCGGAACUGCAAGAUAAGCAAGAAAGGGAAGAAGAGGAAAGAAAAACCCGGAUACAGCUUUAUGUCUUCAUAUCUAGAUGCAUCGCUUAUCCGUUCAAUGCCAAGCAACCGAUGGAUAUGACGCGAAGGCAAAUGAAAGUGACGAAACAACAAUUGGAGACCAUAUGUUCUCGUUUUCAGAGUUUUUUGAAGGGUGAGACGCAGAUCAUGGCUGACGAGGCGUUCCACAAUGCUAUACAGAAUUACCACGACGUAUUUCUCAAGUCGGAUCGAGUGGUGCGAAUGGUGCAGAGCGGUGCAUGCUCCCAGCUCGACUUCCGCGAGGUGUUUAAGAAGAACAUUGAGAAGCGUGUUCGGAGCCUCCCGGAAAUCGACGGACUGAGCAAAGAGACUGUGCUUACGUCCUGGUUGGCCAAAUUCGAUUGCAUUUUGAAAGGUACUGGUGACGAGGAUACUAAACGGCCUUCCAGGAUGCAACAGCAGUCUUUGAACUCGGAGCUGAUACUGUCGAAGGAGCAGCUGUACGACAUGUUUCAGCAGAUUCUCGGCAUCAAGAAGUUCGAGCACCAGCUUCUGUUCAACGCCCUCCUGUUGGACUCAGCCGACGAACAGGCUGCCGCCAUCAGGAGGGAGCUGGACGGUCGCGUACAGAAAGUCAACGAGAUGGAGAAGAACCGCAAGCUCAUGCCCAGGUUCCUUCUGAAAGAGAUGGAGUCGCUCUACAUCGAGGAGCUCAAGUCGUCUAUCAACCUGCUAAUGGCUAAUUUGGAGUCGUUACCGGUCUCCAAGGGUUCGAUAGACAGCAAAUACGGGCUGCAGAAGCUGAAGCGCUACAACCAUCGUGGUGAGCGCUCCCGCUCCCGCUGUCAGGGCUCCCUCGCUAAACUGGAGGGCGACUCCGCCGAUUCCGAUCCCCAAUUGACGAAAAUGGACGUCGGCCUGACCUUCCAGCUGGAAGUAAUCGUAAUGGAGGUCAAAGGCCUCAAAAGCCUAGCACCCAAUAGAAUAGUUUAUUGCACCAUGGAGGUGGAAGGCGGCGAGAAGUUGCAGACCGAUCAGGCAGAGGCCUCCAAGCCUAUGUGGGACACUCAAGGUGACUUCACCACGAUGCAUCCGCUACCAGUAGUCAAGGUCAGACUGUACACAGAGAAUCCGGCGAUGCUGGCGCUCGAGGACAAGGAAUUGGGCAAGGUGAUUCUGCGACCUACUCCGUUAUCUUCCAAGAUGCCCGAGUGGCAUCGUAUGACUGUUCCGAAGAAUUGCGCCGAUCAGGAUCUAAGGAUAAAGAUCGCCUGUCGCAUGGACAAGCCGCUCAACAUGAAACACUGCGGCUAUCUGUACGCAAUGGGCAAGUCCGUAUGGAAAAAGUGGAAGAAGCGGUACUUUGUGUUGGUCCAGGUCUCGCAGUACACAUUUGCGAUGUGCUCGUACAAAGAAAAAAAAAGCGAGCCGUCGGAAAUGAUGCAGCUCGAUGGCUAUACAGUGGACUAUAUCGAGGCCGUUUCUGCUAAUCUCAUGGUCGGCAUGGAUUUAGAGGGCGGAAGGUACUUUUUCAACGCUGUACGCGAAGGCGACAAUAUAGUAUAUGCUUCGGACGACGAGAACGAAUGUCACUUGUGGGUGAUGGCGAUGUACCGGGCGACCGGUCAAUCGCACAAGCCCACCCCGCCGGUUUCUGUGGCCGACAAGAAUUCUACUAUCAGCAAAAUCCAGGGCGAUGCGGAUCGUGCAAAGAAGCACGGCAUGGAAGACUAUAUCAGUGCCGAUCCUUGCAAAUUCGACCACCAUGUCCUAUUCAAAUAUUUGCAAAACUUGAUCCUGGAUUACAGAUUGAACGAUCCGUAUUGCUCGCUCGGAUGGUUCUCGCCCGGUCAAGUUUUUGUGCUGGACGAGUAUUGCGCCAGAUACGGCGUGCGCGGAUGCUUUCGGCAUCUCUGCUAUCUUCACGAUCUGUUGGACAGAAUCGAUCGUGGACUUAUGAUAGAUCCAACAUUGAUACACUUUAGCUUUGCCUUUUGUGCCACUCAUGUCUACGGUAACACAACAUCGGCCGAUGGUGUGGGUUCGAUAACUCAUGAAGAGAAAGAUAAGUUUCAGGAUAUCAAAGAACGACUCAGACAGAUUCUUGAAAAGCAGAUCACCAACUUUAGAUACAGUUUUCCAUUCGGGCGUCCGGAAGGUGCAUUGAAGGCGACUUUAUCUCUGUUGGAACGUGUUCUCAUGAAAGAUAGCGUGACACCUGUGCCGCAAGAAGAAGUGAAAGCACUGAUAAAAAAUUGCCUGGAAACAGCAGCGUUGGUAAAUUAUACAAAACUGUCCGCAGAGGCGAAGAUCGAAGACGAUUUAAGCGGCGAGGUGUGCGUGCCUCCCAGUAAAAAGCUGGAGGAUCUCAUACACCUCGCCGAGCUGUGCGUGGACCUGUUGCAGCAAAAUGAAGAGCAUUAUUCGGAGGUUGUACCGCAGGCGUUCGCCUGGUUUAGCGAUCUUAUGGUGGAGCACGCCGAGAUCUUCUGGUCGCUAUUCGCCGUCGACAUGGAUAAAGUCCUUGCGGAACAACCACCUGACACAUGGGACAGUUUUCCGCUAUUCCAAAUAAUGAACGAUUAUCUCAGGACUGACGACAAUUUGAAGAAUGGAAGAUUUCAUCAGCAUUUACGCGAUACGUUCGCGCCAUUAGUAGUGCGUUACGUUGAUCUGAUGGAGACGUCGAUCGCUCAAUCGAUUCAUAAAGGUUUCGAGAAAGAGCGAUGGGAGAUAAAAGGGAACGGCUGCGCCACUUCGGAGGAUCUUUUUUGGAAGCUGGAUGCAUUGCAGUCGUUCAUUGGCGGGCUGCAUUGGCCCGAUCAAGAGUUCAGGCAACAUCUCGAACAGAGGCUGAAGCUGAUGGCUUGCGACAUGGUGGAGUCGUGCAUACAGAGGACCGAUGCGGCCUUCCAGCAGUGGCUGAAGAAAGGCGUCACCUUUAUUUCGACCGAUUACAUCAUACCGUCGGAAAUGUGCGCUAUGGUGAACGUUAUUUUAGACGCCAAAAACCAGAGUUUUAAACUUUGUACUGUCGAUGGUGUCGAUGUGCAUCAAUAUCAUUCCAAGAUUGAUGACAUGAUUGAAAAGACUUCAGCAGGAAUGACUCAAGGAAUGAUUAACAAGUUAAUAACGGUACUGGAAGCGACACUCUCGAAGCUGUCUCGUUAUGAUGAGGGUUCGCUCAUAGGCUCUCUUCUCAGUUUUACGAAGGUAUCAGGAAGCGGGAAGGAAAUGGGACAAGCCUAUGUAAACUUCACGAGAAACUGUAUGGAUCAGAUUCGCAGCAAAGUCCUCGACGAGUUGUGGAUCUUGACUUUCUUCGAGCAAUGGUAUACGGCGCAGAUACAAAUGUUGUGUAACUGGUUGUCCGACAGGCUCGAUCAUAGCCUGCAUCUGUAUCAGUGUACCUGCCUAGCUCACAUCGUGAAAAAGAUCUAUUCCGACUUUGAGCUCCAGGGUGUCAUGGAGGAGAAACUCAAUACGAAGACAUAUCAGACUAUAGACAAAAGAAUGAAGACGGAAGAAGCAACUUGUGCCUUAACCAUGAGCGCUCAGAAUGAAGAAGGGCUUUCGGAGAAUGGCAAUGACGACGAGGUUGAGAGACCUAAGACAAAAGUGACGAUCGUUGAGACGACGGAAGACGCGAAUUAUGUAGCUAAUCUGAGCAACGUCACCUCGAACGUUGUUGGCAAAGUCGGUAGUAUGUUUGGCAGAGGCAUUGGCGGUCUUUCUACAAAAUUCGGCUCAGCCAGCAAUUGGUUCUAGUUAUUAUUUCUAGUACUCUGCCAGUAAAAAAAACCUUACAUUUGACUAGUACGUUCCUUCAUCUAAAUAAGAGGAUGCGGAACGAGGCAAGAUUUCUAAAGGAGUAGCCAGUACCUUAUAGGCAGUACGAUGAUCUAGAGUUUUGUCCAUAUAAACGAAUGAUAUGAUUAAAACGAUGCAAUCGAUCGGAUCAGUUGGCUUUUAUCGUCUCGCAAAAUUGUUUCAAUUUUAUUGCGGAUUUUCUUCGAGACUUUCGAUUGUUUGGAAUUAAUACUGAAAAAAUUACUUAUUUAUUGAUCACGAUUAAAAAAACUAAUUGCUGAUAUAUUUUCGUUUACUUAGGCAUAAUUUUUUUCCGAUACUCAAAUUUUCAUUAAUAAUACAUAUUCUAUUAAUAAUACAUAUUAGAUGUAACGAGCAUGCUAAGAAUUACACGAACUUGUUUAAUUGAAUUGAUUAUGUUUGAUCUCAGGUAAUAACAAAAACAUAGUCGAAAUAUAUUUGGAAAGGCUGAUUGUGUACGCAGGAUAUAGACAAGAGUAAACGCGUAGAUAUAUUUAAUCAUAUUACAAAGGUAUAUGUAUAUAAACGUACACAUGCACACAUAUGCAACGUGUAAUUAUGAGAUAUUCGUACAUUUUGUCGUGGUCUGCGUGUGUCAGACUAACGUCGUUAAUAUAUAUAUAUAUAUACAUUAGCUGAAUUGUUAGAACACAGAAUAUAUAAAAUUUUUCCUACUGUGUAUCGCGAGUUGGUUUUGCGGAUUUAGUUGUCGAAGGAUAAAAGCAAAGGCAGGUAUUUUGCAUAACUGGAAGAGAUUUUCGGGUCGAUUGCAACGUUACUUGAGUGUGAAAUACGGGGAAACGAGACAGGAAUAUUGAGAAUUUUGAAACGGAAGAGAAAAAAAGGGAAGGAAAGGAAUACGCGACUUGUCGAAAUUGCUUAUCGAGUUAAUUUCGUGACCAACAAUGCUUUCUCAACUGUUAGAUACGAUCACUGUUAUCUUUUGGACGACCAUUCGCCCGAUACUCGAGCAGAAUGUUCCUUUGUGAUAAGAGAUAAGAUACACAAGUUGAGAUUAAGAUUUGUCGAGAAAUAUUUUAUCUCUUCCGCAGUAAAUUUAGGGUCGAUUUUUCCAAUGCAAAAAUUAAAAAUUUCAUUGCAAUUGAGCUUGUUAAAAAUCUUUCAGAAAUUAAAAUUGAUACUCAAAAUUAAUUCUCUAAAAUUUAAUCGAUAUAAAGUAUCUUGCAAAUUUUCGUCAAGGAUCGAUUCUAUAUUCAUCUGUGUCUCAAGUAUUUUUUGAAGCCCUGAGCUCUUUGUAUAAGAAUUGAGAGAUAUUGAUUGUUAUUCACAUACAUCGUGGCAUAUCAGAUUGAAAUGACUAAUGCGUUUGAUUUAUGCAGUUAAUUUAUAAUUCGUAUUGAGAACUCAAUUGAUAAAUUUCCUAAACGGCAAUAAAUAAUAGAUAUCUCAGUGUAUAGCGUUUAAAAGAUUAAUCGGGUUGUAAUUUGUAAUAUAUUAUUGACGUAAUCUUUCAUAGAUUUUUCCGAUGGUACUAUAUUUAUUAAACAGAUACAUAAAAAAGUUUAAGCAUAUUAACUAGUCGCGAUCGAAUGGUCGCCGACAACCAUCAGAAGCAGUGAACGUAGUAGCACGUUGUGUUUCUUACCUGCAUUAUAUUAUUAUGUAAAUCUGUGCACAAUAUCGGUAAUGUAAUCGUAUCGUCCGCGAACUGUAUAUACAAAGAAAUUAAUUGACUAUUUAUUUACGAACGAGAAAGAAAACACGAGUAACUAUGCACAAUGAAGAAACUUUAUUGGCGAGAGUCCAGUCGAGAAAGAUAAUAAAAAAAUUCGUAAUUUAUUAAAAAGCGUUAAAAUUUUUAUUUUAACAUUACAAAAACAAUAAAGGAAAAAUUCUUUCUUUAAUUAAAAAUUGACCAAAAGGUAGAAAUGGUUCGCCAGAAUAAAGUUCUUCAAUGUACAUCAAACUGUGUGCUCGUUUGAGAAUAUUUCAUUCUUAAGAGUAACUUUCGCGAUGUUGUAAAAUUUUCUAGCGGUUUCAAAAUUUUGGGAGUAAUUCUCAAUCGGAUCUGCUAUAGAUUUUUGCUGCCGGGGAAGUCACUUUUCAGAGAAUUGAAUACAUAAACGAAUCGCGCGUGGGUUGGGCACUGAAUCGCUUUCGAUUUUGCUCUAAUUGCGCGUGGGGAGGAAAUAUAUAUCUUUUCUUUUUAAUUGUUUAUGUUUUUUUUGCCGUUGUCGUCGUUAUGAUACUAACGUCCUAUAAAAGACAAGUGUUAUGUAGGUUUACAAUACAAGAGAGCCUUGUCCCUGGAUCACGAGACGCAUGUAUAUUUUCAACACUUCACGAUAUAAUGUUCGUAUAUUAAUGGAUAUUUAUUCAGCUUGAUAUUGAAACUCUUGAAAGUGCAUCAAACGCGAAAGUAUAACAGCGAGGUAGGAUGAAAAAUGUACGUCCCUUAAGAAUUUUAAUUAUUUUAUAUUUUAUUUUAUUUUUAUUUCGUGUAUAAAUUUUUAUUUGCGUGUUUCUAUGUUUUUUAAAAAAUGCGCGAGACAAAUCCUAAUCGCCUUUAUAAUCGAGCUCUUUGAGCUCUCUCUGUCUACCUCAAGUUCGAAAAAUCAUUCCAUUGUAUAUGUAAAAUAAUUCCAGAAUAAGAUAAUCGAGAAAAAAAUUAAUAAGUUGAUAUAAAUACGAAGUUUGAUUUGAUUUUAAACUCAUAAUUGAGAUAAAACUUGGUUUCUUGACAAAUCAAAUUUUAGAGAUCUAUAUAGUUCUCAUUCUAAAUAAAAAAUUACGCAUUUCAGAGAAUUAUAAUAUCAAGUUUCUUAUUAAAAUCAAUUUUCUUAUUCAUUGUCUAGUUAGCGGCGGAUACAUUUUUCAUUCUACUUCGAUGAGUAAGGCAGUAUAAAAUUAAAAAUAAAAGAGGAGGAUAAAAAUACACAUAUAAACACACACAAAUGUAGAACAGUCACGCAAACGCGAGGCGAGAGAUUUACCAUUCGUUUGUAUAUAUUUUAGCGAUGGCGAAACGGGAAAGAGUAAACUUUUUAUAUGACACAAAAAUAACGGAGCAUGAAAAAGGAACGUGUAAAUUAUCUCACGACUCGGCAGUUUCUGUAUCGAUGCAAAUUUCUAAAGAUGAUGUUAUACUUUUCAUCGUCGACUUCCGAAUUUGACAGAAUAUUUUUUGAUGCAUUGCACACAUACAAAUUUAUAGAAUAGGGCGACCAAAGGCGAGUUCCUUUUUUUCUCUCAAUCUCUUAUUUCUUUGUUUCUCUCUCUUUCUCUUUCCAAUUAUCUCUCUUUUUCUUUCUAUCUUUUUCUCUCUCUCUCUCUCGCCAGAAAUUGACAAGUGCAUGUUAAUUUGCUAAAGAAUGAGAUAAAUACUCUCCAUAAACAGAUUUUUUUGAUCUCGUUAUAUUGUGGAUUUUUGACGUCUAAAGAAAGCAAAGUUCUAUGUAGGGCACAGUUUUAUAAAUGUUAUGUUAUUUUUGACACGUCACGACUAGUAGUGACAUUGGAUUAAGACUAUAUUGUUACGCUCGAUUUAAUUGAGAAAUCUUUUUUUUCCUCAAUUGACGAAAAUAUAGCAUAAAGUGCGUAAUAACGCCUGAUAGAAAUGUCUUUAUUUUUUGCUUCGGAAAUUAAUUUUUCCUCGUUUUUAUAUAUUUAUAUUUUUUUUAUCUCAUUUCUCUUAUUGUCUAGAUGAGCUUUUGAAAUUCACCGUAAGUUUUUACAGCCACAAAUAUAAAAAGAUGUGAAUUAAGAACAGUUUUUAAUUUUUAAUAAUUAAAAAAUUAAUAAUAUUUAAAAAAAACUUGGCAAAUUAAAGCCGCGAAUGUAUGUAUGGUUUUCAAAAUUUUAUUUCUUUUAAAUUUUUUAGUUUUAAAUAUAUUUUGUUAUAUCAGAAAUUUUUAAUCUACUAUGAUGUUAUGGAAAUAUUUAAUAAAAAUUUUAUAUUUAAGAGAAGAAACAAACAGAAUAUAAAAAAGGACAAAAAAUAUUCAGAAGCCUGAUGAGCGCAUUAUUGCAAUUGCUUGAAUGUUUCGUCACUGAUAUCGCAAUAACCAGCAAGUGCAGUGAUACAAUUGUAUGAUUUAUCGCCACGAUGAUGUAUAACAAUACUGAUUAAGUAAACGCGGCCUUACUACACACACCGUACAUGAUGAUUUUCGUCGCGAUCGUGACGAGAUUCGUGACGAGAACGGAAGGUCAAGCGCGAGCGAAAUUCAUUUAAGUCCAAAGAAAGUGUAAGUGGGAAAAAAAAGAAAAGGAAAGAAAACACGUGAGAAAUUUGAAACUUUAUCAAAAGUAAAAAAAAAAAAAUAUCCAAAUUAUUAAUACUAUACUUACCAAUGCUAACGACGUUAGAAUUAUUAUGAUUAUCGUGGUUAUUCUUACUAUUGGUAAUUCUCCUAUACUCUACUAAUUAGAUUAGGACUGUUACAAAAUGAUCUCUCUCUCUUUUUAUCUCACUCUUUCUGUCUAUCUGUUUACCUAUCUAUCUAUCGAUUUAUCGAUCUAUCUAUCUAUCUAUUUCCGUCUCUAUUUCACUAUUCCGUUAAUAGUAACUUUUCACCGAUCGAACUUCGAUACGAACACUUCUGUCGCCAGCUCUCUCUACCUUGUCUGUCUGCCUUUUUUACCUUUUCGUUUUUAUCUUUGUCCUUGUGCCCGUUAUCCCUGUUUUCUCUUCUCUUCAAUUUCCUUUUUCUCCUUCUCUUUCCCUCUUUCUCUCUCUAUCUAUCUUUAUCCAUUUUGCGUUUAAACUGUGAUUUUACUUGAAUCGAAGAGAUGGUCUUUUUACUCUAGCCAGUAUUCUAGUCUCAAUUUAACUUCUAUUCAACUGUUGUUCUCUCGUUAAUAAAAAGUCCGACGAAAAAACAGAACAAGAUACAAAAAAAGAUAAUACA